GGCAGAAUAAUGCAUCAUGAUGAACUUCUCGGUUCGGAACAAACUUGUAGCGGGGAACGUCGAAGUCGUUCAAAUGAAGACCAAGAUACCCUAACUGGCUUUACCAUCCAUGAAGCUGUUUUCGGCCUUUUAUCAAUAUUAUUUUUCUACACCGAUGUUGUAACUGAUAUUUUGCUAGCAAAUGAUUAUUUCCAUCAAGGAAACAAGUUGGCAUUUGGUUCAACGGCUUCUUUCGUUGUUGUUCCUUCAGUUAUAACAUGUUUCGUGAAUUUCCGAUGGUAUGUUUUAGAUCAUCAGAAGUCUUGCAAAAAUAAAUCCGGUGAGGGGACAUCCACGUUUCUUUGGGUGACCAGGCUUACUGUGACACUUUUAAUGAUGGGUCCAGUUAUAAGGCAGGUCGAAUUUUUAUAUCACGGAUUGAAAAGCCGCAGUAAAGAUUCAUCAAAAAAGAAAAAAGACAUUCACUACAAAAUCAUGGGAGAGGACAAUGAAGAUGCAUGCUGUUUACGGAUGUUUGAAUGUUUCCUUGAAGCGGCACCGCAGCUUGUUCUUCAAAUAUACAUCAUAACAGCACAAAGACAGGAUGAAUCAUGGCACAUAGGUCUUACAAUUAAAUUAGGGGGAAGACAAGUAGCUGCAAUAUUUACAUCCUGGGUUGGUCUAGCCUGGUCAUUGGUUGCGUAUAAGAAGGCCAAGAGGUUCUCUCACGAAGACAAGGAAAAUCAUACAUUACAAGGAAUGGGGGGACGACAAGUAGCUGCAAUAUUUACAUCCUGGGUGGGUCUAGCCUGGUCAUUGGUUGCGUAUAAGAAGGCCAAGAGGUUCUCUCACGAAGACAAGGAAAAUCAUACAUUACAAGGAAUGGGUUUCAAUUUUUUAUGGCGUGCUUGUGAAAUAGGGCCUAGAGUUAUUGCUCUUGGUUUAUUUUCUCCGCAGUUUCGCUCUUUCGUGUUCAUUGUGGCAGGUGUUCACUGGAUUGCAAUGUCGAUCUGGGCCAAAAAGUUGCGGAGUGCACAUAUUGUCAAAAUGGUGUCAAAGAAGAAACUUCCGCACUCAAGACGGUGCAAAUAUUCGGAACAAGUUGCUGCUUAUUGCUAUUGUCCGUCUGACGAAAGUGAUUCCGUUUUAAAAGCGUGUGAUAAAACAUGUUGUGAAGCUGCAGACUUUCCUGACCUCGUUCAAGUCCAGAGUAGAAGUUCCUCACAAUGUUCGGAUAUAGACAGAUUCAUACAUCCAGAUCAACCUCUCCCUGAUUUUGAACACACAGAUAGAAGAAGACGUCAAAUUCCUCCGCAUGAUGGUCACUCUGAGACAGAGGUCUUACAUACAGGUCCAGAUUUCACAUGUCUGGACGUUCUGAUCGGCUUGUCAUCAAUUGCAUUCUUCUACUUUGAUGUCGUCACAGACAUUUUACUAGCAAGAGAUUAUUUUCAUCAAGACAACAUGUUGGAGUUUGCUUUAACAACAGCUUUCAUUGUUGGGCCGUCUUUUAUUACGUGUGUUUUGAACUUUCGUUGGUACCUGUUGGAUUACCAGAGUCAGCAGAUAUUGAUUAAAAAUCGUGGAAAAGAACAUGUUAAACAUACAUCUAUGUGUCUGUGGCUAGUAAGAUUUACUUUGACGCUAUUGAUGAUGGGACCAGUUAUAAGACAGAUCGAGUACAUAUACAAUGGUUUAAAAAGCAGCAGUAAAAAUUUACCACCAAAGGAAAAGAAGCGUCAUUACAUUGUGAUGAGGAUGGAAGAUGUGGAUGCUUGUUGUAUACGAAUGUUUGAGUGUUUCCUGGAAGCCGCACCACAGCUUGUUCUACAGAUAUAUAUCUUAAUGCUACAUCGACAGCAAGAAUCAUGGCUUCUAGAGGGAAUACGGGCUGCAGCAAUAUUAUCAUCGUGGGCAAGUCUAUCCUGGUCCAUGGUCGCUUAUCAGAAGGCCCUGAGGUUCUCUCACGAGGACAAAGAAAAUAUUACCAUACCAGGGAUGGUUUUCUCGUUUUUAUGGCGUGCCUUUGAAAUAGGACCUAGAGUUAUUGCUCUUGGUUUGUUUGCCGCACUGUUUGACUAUAUUGUGUUCUUCGUGGUAGGUGUGCACUGGAUAGCAAUGGCGGGAUGGCUAUUCUGCCAAAAGACGCAGUUUUACCAGAAUCGGUGCGAAGAGAGAUUCUUUAAUAUCGUAUGUGGAUAUGUUCUAGUCUUUUGCUUUCUGAAUGUUCGAGACGGUGCAACAAGAUACAGAAUGUUAGUAUAUUAUUUCAUAGUAUACGCAGAAAAUUGGGCAAUGAUGGGGUUUUGGUUUUACUUUACUGAUGACAAGAGUCAGUGGUUUUAUAUACCAACGUUUUUUGUAGUGUCUCUAGGGGUACUGUUACAACUGUUUUUUCAGUUAACAUACUACAUAUGUUUUCAUCCAUUAGGUAGGGGACAGAUACCGUGUUGUCUGAAGUCAGAAGAAUACUCAUGCUACCAGUCUCUAUGUCAUGAACUAGAUACUGAUGAAACAAAUUACAUUGAAAAUCCUCAUACUACAAAAGUUUAAAUACACACAAAGCUAAUAAUAUAUGUAGCUAAAUUUACUCAUUUUUUU